GUCAUACUGCCACCACGAACCAUUGAAAGUAACCAUUUUCUAGGGAUUUUUACCGAGUAAUUGUCAAAUUUGUGGAUAUGCCCCCUAUAAGUACCACAGAAACACCUGGAAAGAAAAAGCAAACUCAAUAUUUUUGGGAUAAUUUUCAGUUUUCGAUUUCACGUAUUUUUACGCUCACACUUCUCGCGUUGAGGAGGAAUAAGCUGAAGGAUUUAAUCGAAAAGAAAAGUUCGAGCCUGUGAACAUGACGGAGGACAUGUUAGCAGAUAUCUGCAGGGUGUGUAGAUCGGAAGGUCUAGCAGACCGUCCCCUUUUUCACCCCUGCAUAUGCACAGGGAGCAUAAAAUGGAUUCACCAGGAGUGUCUCGUCCAGUGGAUGAGAUACUCCCGGAAGGAAUACUGCGAGCUUUGUGGUCACAGAUUUUCCUUCACUCCAAUCUACAGUCCAGACAUGCCCCGUCGUCUUCCAAUUAGGGACGUAGUGGGUGGUCUUGUCUCCAGUAUCGUAACAGCAGUGAAGUAUUGGUUACACUACACCCUGGUGGCCUUAGCCUGGUUGGGUGUUGUGCCUUUGACAGCCUGUCGAACGUAUCGAGCACUCUUCAGUGGAUCUCUCGACCUCGUUCGAAUAAUGUCCCUUCCAAUGGACAUGAUAUCAACAGACAACAUCUCCUCAGACGUUUUCCACGGUUGUUUCGUUGUGACGUGUACUCUAUUCGCCUUCAUCGGUCUGGUCUGGUUGAGAGAGCAAAUUCUCCAUGCAGGUGGUCCAGACUGGCUGGAGAGGGACGCUCCACUCAUGCCACCUGACGUCAAUCAUGCUGAGGCACCUCAGGUCGAGGAGGCCCAACUGUUGGAGGAACCCCAGCAUUUCGCUGGGGCUAAUGUGAGAGAAAACAACAAUAUUCCCCCAUUUGUAGACGAGCCACCGCGGCAGAAUAAUGAGGAGCAACAUCCUCUGUAUCGAGAGAUUGCUGAGAACAACCCUGAACAUCCUGGCCUUGUCAACAACAACGAGGAUGCGGCCCAGGGAGAGGUGCCAGCUGCUCAGGAGGAGCCUGCGGAGGGCUGGAGAGCUCAAGUUCAGGAUCAAGCUCAAGCCGGUGGAGAAGCUGAAGAAGCUAACUGGAAUCCCAUGGAGUGGGAUAGACCUGCUGAGGAGCUCACGUGGGAGAGACUCCUGGGACUUGAUGGAUCUCUACUCUUCCUCGAACAUGUUUUCUGGGUGAUUUCCCUGAAUACUCUGUUCAUUCUAGUGUUUGCUUUCUGUCCAUACAAUAUAGGGCAUUUUACUAUUAUUGGACUUGGAUUACAAGAACACGCUGCUGCUUCACACUUUGAGGGACUUGUCACCACGUUAUGUGGGUAUGGAGUCAUUGGAGGGACUUUAGUGGUUCUUCAUACCCUUGCUGCACUCUUUGGCUUCCAACGGUCUCAGAGAAUUUUGGGGCUCUGCUAUGUCGUCGUCAAGGUGUCACUGCUAUCUGUCGUGGAGAUUGGAGUUUUGCCACUUGUAUGUGGCUGGUGGCUCGACAUAUGUUCAUUGGCUAUGUUUGAUGCCACUUUGAAGGACAGAGAAUCCUCAUUCAGAAUUGCACCUGGCACCUGUAUGUUCAUUCACUGGUUGGUGGGCAUGGUUUAUAUUUACUACUUCGCAUCGUUCAUUUUGCUGCUGAGGGAGGUCCUCAGACCCGGCGUUCUCUGGUUCCUCAGGAAUCUCAAUGAUCCUGAUUUCUCACCAAUACAAGAGAUGAUUCAUCUUCCAAUUUUGAGGCACGCCAGGAGACUCGUUGCCUCCGCUGUUAUUUUUGGUACUGCAAUUUUACUUAUGCUGUGGCUACCAGUGAGAAUUCUCAGGUGGGCAUUACCUGGAUUCCUACCAUACACUGUUACUGUCCAGACUGAGGCUCAGGUAAUUACGCCGAAUUCGAAAUUUUUUUUUCAGGUGAGUGAACUAUCGUUGGAAUUGCUCCUGCUCCAAGUGAUUCUGCCAGCAUUACUGGAGCAGUCUCACACUCGUACAUGGUUGAAAGCCAUCAUUCGUGGCUGGUGUCAGGCAGUGGCGUGGAUGCUCGAUCUCCAAUCGUAUCUUCUACGAGAUCAACGAGAUGAUCAGGACAACGCUGUGAUUGAAGAACCGCAACACGAUCUGGGAGCUGCCCAUCAGGCAGCAGCUCAGAUGAGACAGAGAGGUGGCCCACCAGGAUACCAACCCUAUACAAGAUCCAGAUGGUUCCCAGCGAGACUUGUUGGGCUUUUGCUCUGUGUUUGUCUCUCUCUUGUUGUUGCUAGUCUCAUUGCAAUGACAUUACCCGUUUGGUUGGGGAGAAGGGUCAUGGCUUUGUGGAUGGUCGGAGCUCCUGCGCCAUCACCACCGGUUUUACCACCCGUCGUACCAGUCAACAAUGUUGGCGAUACAAUGGUAGUCUUCUCAGGACGUGUUCACGAAAUUUACACAGUAGCCUGUGGUACCUACGUCUGUUGGGCAGCUGCCCGUGGCCUUGCCCUCGCCUUUUCCUGGUUACCCCGUGGCCGCCGUGCAAUUAUUGACAGAAUAAAACACUGGGCUAUUGUCAGUGUACGUGCAUCAAUAGCUUUUGUUCUUCUAGUUGGUGUUAUUCCCCUGUUAUUUGGCCUUCUGCUCGAACUAGUUGUGGUGGUACCACUUCGUGUUCCACUCGAGCAAAAUCCAAUACUAUUCAUCUGGCAGGAUUGGGCACUCGGCGUUUUAUACACGAAAAUAGCAACAGCCAUUACGAUGAUGGGACCCGAAUGGAAACUCCGAAUCGCUAUUGAGCGAGCGUAUAACGACGGUGUCAGGGAGAUGGAUCUUAAAUUUGUCAUCACUGAAUUAGCAGCACCUGUUAUCUGUGUUUUUGGGCUUGCACUUGCUAUACCUUAUGCCAUUGCUUAUGGCAUUAUACCACUGUUCGUUACGAAUUUACAGACACAAAUACUCAUUGCACGACGACUCUAUCCAUUUUUAUUACUUAUCAUAUCGGUUUGUGUAUUAAUAACUUUUCAUAUUCGACAGUUUAGAAAAUUGUACGAGCACAUCAAAAAUGAUAAGUAUCUUGUUGGCCAGAGGCUCGUUAACUAUGAGCAUCGUAAUAAACAACAGUCUCAGAGGUCGAGUUAACAAAAUACUUCCAACUGAGAAUUAAGAUUUUUUUUUUCAUAAAAAAUGAAAACUCAGAACGAUUUGUCCAUCACGUGUUUGUUAAAUAUUGAAGUUCUGGAGUGAAAGUUUUUACUUUCUAAAGGAAAAAACAUGAAUGUCAAGUAUGAAUUUUUCUGGUGCGAGGAUUCCAGGGGAAACGAUCAAAUUUAAAAUAAUGACAGAAAACCCUUUUUUUUUUUAAUAUCGAUAUAGAGUAUUUCCUUCGAGAACAUGUCAGAAGGAAAUUGUAAAGGGAUGGAGCUAGAGGAGUUAGGUUUAACUUCGUGUACAUUCUUAUUUUGUCACGUGUGAAAAUCCAGAAGAAAAUAUCGAAGGGGAUUUCAUAACUUUACGUUGACCAUUUCAAUUUUUAAUAGAACUAAUAUAUUUAUGUAGAUGAUGCUGAAUAAAUCAGAAAGACUGUUUUCGUUUUCCAA